CGACACCGAUCUAACGAUGCAUUGCUUGGGCCCAUAUAAAUAGCAUGCCCUUCAACCCAAUCUUGUCACACAGACGCGCGCAUUUGUUUGUCAGGCACAUAACCCCGUUGAUCUGAUGGAGGGCUUCCACUAUGAGUUCAUCCACAGCAAGAUGCACAGCUUCAUUCGCAUCAGCAGAUAUGUUCUUGAUUCUUUCGUGUUCGUCUACCGAUUCGUCGCCUCACGUGUCCACCCAUUCUUCAUCCAAUUAGCUUACUUCCUUGUCUUUGGCGUGAUCGGUUCGGUGCUCUUGAUAUCAUUGAAACCGAGCAACCCUGACUUCAGACCUCGAUACAUCGACAUGCUGUUCUUGUCAACCUCUGCUCUGACGGUUUCCGGUCUCAGCACCGUCAAAAUGGAGGACCUCUCGAGCUCUCAGAUCGUAGUCCUGACCUUGCUGAUGUUUGUAGGGGGUGAAAUCUUUGUCUCUUUCUUAGGCCUCAUGCUGCUCAGGCCGAACCACCAAGACAAGCCCGAUCCUGCAGGCAACAACAAGGUCAGUUCAGUUGCUGUCAAGCUUGAGUCGAUAGAACCCACGAGAGCCGCAAUUAUCUGUGAAGAGUUGCAGGUUGAAGAAGCAGUGCAUGUAACUCCAUCUUUGAACCGUAAUGAUCUGAAGAAGAAUAGGAGCGUGAGAUAUUUAGGAUUAAUAGUGUUUGGCUACCUUGCUGUGAUCCAUGUCCUUGGCUUUCUUCUAGUUUUCUUGUACAUAACCCAUGUGCCAACUGCAAGAGCCACACUGAUCAAGAAAGGGAUCAACGUUGCUCUGUUCUCGGCGUCGGUCACGGUGUCCUCCUUCGCGAACGGAGGGCUCGUGCCGACAAACGAGAACGUGGCCAUCUUCUCCAAGAACGCAGGCCUCCUACUGCUCCUCACCGGCCAGGUUCUUGCAGGCAACACCCUGUUCCCUCUCUUCCUGAGGCUGCUGGUAUGGUUCCUGGGGAGGGUGACCAAGCUGAAAGGGCUGGAGUUCAUGAUCAGGAACCCCACGGAGCUGCAGUUUCCUCAUCUCCUUCCCAAGUUGCCGACAGCGUUUCUCUCCUCGACGGUCGUCGGCCUUGCAGCAGCGGCUGCCGCGCUGUUCUGCGCCGUCGACUGGAGUUCUUCGGUGUUCGAUGGGCUCAGCUCUUACCAGAAGAUUGUCAAUGCAUUGUUCAUGGCAGUGAACGCAAGGCAUGCAGGGGACAAUUCCAUCGACUGCUCGCUCAUCUCCCCCGUCGUUCUAGUGCUAUUCAUCGUCAUGAUGUAUUUGCCAUCGUCGACCACGUUUGCACCUCCAGGUGAAGAUGAUAAAACCUGCAGGGAUGAGAAAGUGGAACCCAAACGGGGGUUUUUGGCGCGGAACUUGGCAUUUCCGCAGCUCGGGUGCAACAUCAUCUUUGUGAUGGUUGUCUGCAUCACUGAGAGGAGAGGGCUCAGAAAUGAUCCACUCAACUUCUCCACGUUGAACAUGAUAUUUGAGGUCAUCAGCGCAUACGGCAAUGCAGGACUGUCCACCGGUUACAGUUGUUCUAGGCUGCAGCAGCUGCACCCAGAGAGCAUCUGCCAUGACAAGCCAUACAGCUUCUCUGGAUGGUGGAGCGAUGAAGGGAAGUCGAUGCUGGUUUUGGUCAUGCUAUAUGGAAGGCUCAAGGCCUUCACCAAGGGCACAGGUAAAUCCUGGAAGUUAGGGUAA